AUGUAUCCAAGGAGGCUGGUCUACACUCAAGUGGACGCCACUCAAUGGGUCGUCGGAGGCAUCUGCAUUGAUUUUACAGCACGACUGGGAAGACCGGUCUCGAAAUCGGAAUUGAAGGCUCACCGGAUUGAAGCGUCCCCCAGGCACCAAUACGGCCGCCGCACGGGCCCGGUCGACCGCGCAACCCGCCCCGGUCGCUUCCACGGAGGCAGGCCUUCUUCUUUCCGGGACCGAUCGACGGGGCGCUUACGUCAUGCUGACGAGGAGCGUUCCGAGGUCCGAGUGAUCGACGGACGUGAGCGGCGCACGGGGGAGGUGCACGUGGCGGUCACGCAGCUCAAGAGGGCGGUCGCGGCAAUUGGGGAAGGGGCCGAAAAAGUUGGCCUUGGAAAACAGUUUGUGGCGCAGGCAAAGGCGACGUGGGAACUGGUCCGGAUUGAAGCUGCUUCGAGUACCUCUUCAACGAGAACAUGCGGAUCUGGGGCCGGGUGACGCCCAUUCUGCUUCUUGGGGGACACGUGUCGAGCAUGUGGUCCAAGCCACAGGAAGCCUUCAACUGAAGACACGUGGCCUUGAGGACGCCCUAACUGGCGCAGUUCGUUACACCUGUUCGUUUUCCAGGGGACGGGGCUACAAUACUCCUGCCGUUCAAAACUCCUGACGUCCAGCAAAACAGCCAAGAAAAGACGAAAUUGCUAUGUUUGAUUACAGUUUGUGUAUGUAAAAGCCAUAAGC